AUGCCACACCCUAUCCCUGUACCCCCGAGUGGGUUCCAGGCUCUCAUUUUGUGUGGCCCUGGUGCUUCGCUGAACACAUUCACCACCAACCCUGAGGAGCAUCCGAAAUGCCUUAUUCCUGUAGGGAACAGAGUUAUGCUCUAUUUCCCAAUGACCUACGCGCUGCGGGCAGGAAUCACAGAUAUCACAUUGAUCACACCUCCCUCCUCUCUCGCUCCUAUCCAAGCCGCUUUGCAACAAAAUCCUCAUCUCACAGCCCUUCCGUCCCCCCGCGUGAUCGCGCCGAAGGGCCUCGAUAUGACAAUGGGCACAGCUGAGCUUCUCCGUCUACCCGAAGUGCAGGCCUGUAUCAAAACUGAUUUUGUUCUUUUGCCCUGUGAUCUGAUUUGCGAUAUCCCUGGUGAAUCGCUAAUUGAGGCGUGGAUGGUAUCUCAAGGUGCUCUCGGUGGCAGCACAUUGACAGAAGGUAAAAACGCCCACGGUCCAGUCUCAUCGGGCCCGGGUGGAGAGAGGGGCGGUCGAAGAGGUGGUCUCAGUGUUUUCUAUCAGACACAAGGCCGAGAGGAGAGUGUCAAGGGUGAAUCCACAGAUUUCGUAGCCGUGGCACCUCUGGAUCAGGAUAAAAAUGAACGGCCGGCUGUAUCGCACCUGGUUGAUGGGCCGGAAGCUGUGCGGUCUAAUUUGUCGAAAUUGGUCCUCGCGAUGCCGAUGGACACCCUCAAGGAGAAGAUGGAGCAGGACAAAGGCUUCCUCAUUCGCCAUUCUCUUGUUGAACAGCACCCGCAGGUGAAGAUGCUCACUACCUACCGCGAUGCCCAUCUUUACAUUUUCCCGUACUGGGUGAAGGAUUUUGCUCGCCAAGAAAAGCUGGAAUCCAUUAGCGAGGACCUCCUGGGUUACUGGGCUAAGGCUGGAUGGCAGAAAGGACUUGCCGAUAAGCUUGGAAUGAAGGAGAUCUUCCAGCAAGAGAGCCAUACAGAGGAUGAGAGCGGAAGCCAAGACGGUGAAUCCCUGGAGGACGAAAUUGAUCUUCAAAGCAUGAGCACCACCAAGGUUGGCUCAAACUUCGAUGAUUCCCAAUCCCCCAUGUUUGCAUCCCGUGUCAAGGCCUCUCCUGAACCGUCCAAGCCCACUGAAGCGCCGCCCAUCCUUGCUUAUGUGCAGCGAGGAUCGGCACCCUUUGUCCGUCGGGUUGACAGCACCUCCAUCCUCCUAUCUACAUCUCUCCGCCUAGCUAAGCUGGAAUCCAUCGAGGAGGCUGGUCGUCAGGCAUCGCAUUUUGCCCACAACCAGAAGAUUGCGCACCCUGACGGUGUGGCUCAACGGUCUACUGUCACGAAGAGCGACUGUCUUCUCGCAGAAAACGUCACAGUGGAAGAAAAGUGUGUCAUCAAGGAGUCAGUGAUCGGAGCCAACUGUCACAUUUCGACAGGCGCACGAUUGACUCGCUGCCUUCUCAUGGAUGGCGCGGUGGUUGGCCCUCGUGCUGUUCUCACUGGCUGUGUAAUUGGAAAGCGAGCGAAGAUUGGCCGCGAGGCCCAGCUCAAGGAUUGUGAAGUCCAGGAUGGCAAUGUCGUUGAGGACGAAGCCGACGCUAAGAAUGAGAAGUUCAUGGUUUUCGAAGGUAUAGACGAGGAUGGGGACAUGGAGGACUUUGACGACGAAGAUGAGUUCUGA